GGUGGUUGUUUUCGCGAUUACCUGUUGAAAAUUGUACACACAAUUUUCCAUGCUUGCUGAGUUAAAGCGCCUAGGAUUGUUUGUGGGCGGUAGGUUCCUACAAGUACGAGGUAGGCGGGAGAUAAUACAAUGCCGAAAAAUGAGCACAACCACAAGUUUGGCCGAUGCCGAGACGGAUCUCGUUUGGAUGGACCUAGAGAUGACUGGCCUUGACAUAGAUACGGACAAAAUCCUGGAGGUUUCGUGCAUCAUCACCGACAAGGAUCUGAACAUAAAGUCCGAGGGACCCUGCUUUGCCAUCAGCCACCCAGAGGAGGUGUAUAAAAACAUGAACGAAUGGUGCAUUAAGCACCACCACGAGUCCGGCCUGAUCGAACGUUGCCGCAGCUCUGAUGUAACGCCCGACCAGGCGGUGGGUCUGGUGAUGUCCUACCUGCAGAAAAAUAUCCCCGAGUGCAAGUGUCCCCUGGCCGGUAACUCUGUCUAUAUGGAUCGCCUGUUUCUACGCAAAUACAUGUCGCCCGUCGACGAAUAUUUACACUAUCGAAUCGUGGAUGUUUCCACCAUCAAGGAGCUGGCCAAGAGAUGGCAUCCCGAUGUGGCCAAAGCUGCGCCGCGCAAGGCAUUUGCACACCGCAGCCUCGAAGACAUCAUGGAGAGCAUACAAGAGUUAAAGUACUAUAAGGAGCAUUUGUUUAAGUAAAAAAAACAAUCUAUAAUAUUCAGUGUUAAGUGUAAAAAAAUUAAUAACGUUUAAUGAUUUGUGCGGAUGUGCAAGCAAAACCAAAACUCUAUUAUAAGACAUAAAAAUACGAUUGCAAUAAAAAACUCAAUUUCCUAGUAGACA